AAGAAAUAAGAACCUACACUAAAGCCUCCACAAGAGGAAUCAAAUUCGUUGCACCAAGACCCAUCGAUAAUUCUCCACUGCAACAAAGGGAAAUAAAAGCAAUAAGAGGUUGGAAUUCAGAGCGAAAAUCUUCCAUUGUUGAGCUCCGAAAGUGGAAAAAAGAAAAAAAAAAGUUGCUUAAACCCCAUUGUUCUUCAAACCAAACGAUUCGAAGAGACAAGGAAUCUCCUCUCGCCCCUUUCAAUGCUUUGAAGCACCCUGGUUUUCUUUUUGGGUUAAGUUUUUAGAAGAUUUGAUAAUGGUUUCGAGGUCUUAUUCUAACUUGUUAGAGCUUGCUUCUGGUGGUUGUUCUCCAACUUUUGGCCUUGGCCGAGAGAAAAAGAGGCUUCCUAGAGUGGCCACUGUGGCUGGAGUCUUGUCUGAGCUUGAUGAUGAUAGCUGCAACAGUAUUGGUUCGGAUGCCCCUUCAUCGGUCGUGCAAGACCGGAUGAUUAUUGUUGGGAAUCAGCUCCCGCUUCGGGCACAUCGAGAUGAAAAUGGAGAUUGGGAGUUUAGUAUGGAUGAGGAUUCACUUCUUUUACAGCUUAAAGAUGGGCUUGGAGAAGAUGUGGAGGUGAUUUAUAUUGGUUGUUUAAGAGAGGAGGUCGAUCCAAGGGAGCAAGAUGAGGUUGCACAAACUCUUUUGGACCGAUUCAAAUGUGUCCCAACAUUCCUCCCUCCCGAGCUUUUUAGUAAAUUUUACCAUGGAUUCUGUAAGCAACAUUUAUGGCCAUUGUUUCACUAUAUGCUUCCUCUUUCGCCUGAUCUUGGUGGUCGAUUUGAUAGGUCGCUUUGGCAAGCUUAUCUUUCGGUUAAUAAGAUAUUUGCAGAUAAAGUUAUGGAAGUGAUUAGCCCUGAUGAUGACUUUGUUUGGGUUCAUGAUUAUCAUUUGAUGGUUUUGCCAACAUUUUUGAGGAAAAGGUUUAACAGGGUGAAGCUUGGAUUCUUCCUACACAGUCCGUUUCCUUCGUCUGAGAUUUAUCGAACGCUUCCCGUUAGAGAUGAACUUCUUCGGGCACUAUUGAACUCUGAUCUUAUUGGCUUCCAUACAUUUGAUUAUGCUAGGCACUUUUUAUCUUGCUGCAGUAGAAUGCUUGGUCUGUCUUACCAAUCUAAGCGAGGUUACAUCGGGCUUGAAUACUACGGUCGUACUGUGAGUAUUAAGAUUCUUCCUGUCGGUAUUCAUAUCGGUCAGCUCCAAAAUGUAUUAAAUCUCCCCGAGACUGUUUCGAAAGUUGCAGAAUUGCAAAAUCGGUUCAAAGGUCAAACGGUUUUGCUUGGGGUUGAUGAUAUGGACAUAUUUAAAGGGAUCAGCCUGAAACUUUUGGCAUUUGAACAAUUGCUCCGACAACAUCCCGAGAGAUGGGGUAAAGCUGUGUUAGUACAGAUAGCGAACCCUGCACGAGGUAGAGGGAAAGAUGUACAGGAAGUUGUGGCUGAAACUACUGCGGCCGUGAAUAGGAUUAAUGCAACAUUCAGGAGGCCGGGAUAUGAGCCUGUGGUUUUGAUUAACACUCCCUUGCAGUUUUUCGAGCGAAUCGCAUACUAUUCGAUUGCUGAGUGCUGCCUGGUCACUGCAGUGAGAGAUGGGAUGAAUCUCAUACCUUACGAGUAUAUUAUAUGUCGACAAGGCAAUGAGAAGCUCGACAAUGUUCUUGAGCUAAAUCCUUCGACUGCAAAGAAGAGCAUGAUAGUGCUGUCUGAGUUUAUUGGGUGUUCCCCGUCCCUCAGCGGAGCUAUUCGGGUUAACCCAUGGAAUAUUGAAGCUGUCACCGAAGCAAUGGAUUCUGCCUUGGUAAUCCCUGAGGCGGAAAAGCAAUUGCGACAUGAAAAACAUUAUAGGUACGUUAGUACACACGAUGUUGCGUACUGGGCGCGCAGCUUUUUGCUGGAUCUGGGCAGGGCAUGCCGAGACCAUUCAAUGAGGAGAUGCUGGGGUAUAGGUUUUGGGUUAGGAUUUCGAGUGAUCGCCCUGGAUCCAAAUUUCAGGAAGCUUUCAGUUGAUCAUAUUGUUUCGGUUUAUAAGAGAACCUGCCACCGGGCGAUCUUGUUAGAUUAUGAUGGUAUCAUGAUGCUUCCUGGCUCGAUUAGCAUGAAUCCAACUGCUGAAGCCCUUGGGAUCUUGAAUAACUUGUGUAAAGAUCCUAAGAACGUCGUGUUCCUUGUUAGCGGAAAGGACCGAAAAACUCUGACGGAAUGGUUUUCACCGUGCGAAAAGCUUGGACUAGCUGCAGAACAUGGUUUCUACCUUAGGCCAAAUCAUGCUGCAGAUUGGGAGACAUCUGUAAGUGUGACAGAUUUCGACUGGAAACAGAUUGCCGAACCCGUUAUGCAAUUGUAUACCGAGACAACCGAUGGUUCUACAAUCGAAACUAAAGAGAGUGUUCUUGUUUGGAACUACCUUUACGCGGAUCCUGAUUUCGGAUCGUGCCAGGCUAAGGAACUUUUAGAUCACCUUGAAAGUGUUCUUGCUAAUGAGCCAGUUUCUGUCAAGAGUGGCCAACACAUUGUAGAAGUCAAACCUCAGGGUGUAAACAAGGGUAUUGUAGCAGAAUAUCUCUUGCAAACAAUGAGGGAGAAGGGAAUGCUUCCUGAUUUCGUUCUAUGCAUUGGAGACGAUAGGUCGGACGAGGAUAUGUUCGAGGUGAUAACGAGUGCAAAACCCACCCUUCCUCCCAAUGCUGAAGUGUUCGGUUGCACGGUCGGACAGAAACCAAGCAAAGCUAAGUAUUACUUGGAAGACACACACGAAAUCUUGAGAAUGUUACAAGGUCUCACCCAUGCGUUCGAGCAUGCCGCUCGAGCCACCGCACAGACGACGCCUCAUAGAGUGGUAAUUGCAGAGAAUAAGUAAUAGAAAUCCCCUUCCUAUUGUUGUCUAUAUGGAGUUAGCUCUGUGCAAAAGUCUCUAUUAUUGUUGUUUGAGGGUUGCAUUUUAUCUGUUUGUCUUCGUACCAGUUUUUCUCGGACUCCGCUCCUUGCAUGAUGUUCAUAGUUCGUUCGACAAUUUUGAAGUGGCUAUUGAAUCAUGAGUUGUCUUAUCUACUAAGUUAUACUCGGAUUGACUUUA